AUGUCGUCCGAGAAGGCCCAGAACCCCAUGCGGGAGCUUCACAUCCAGAAGCUUGUCCUCAACAUCUCCGUCGGAGAGUCUGGUGACAGACUUACCCGUGCCGCGAAGGUGUUGGAGCAGCUUUCCGGUCAAACCCCCGUUUACAGCAAGGCUCGCUACACCGUCCGUACCUUCGGUAUCCGCCGUAACGAAAAGAUCUCCGUCCACGUCACCGUCCGUGGCCCCAAGGCUGAGGAGAUUCUCGAGCGUGGCCUCAAGGUCAAGGAGUACGAGCUCCGUAAGCGCAACUUCUCCGAGACCGGCAACUUCGGCUUCGGUAUUUCUGAGCACAUCGAUCUCGGCAUCAAGUACGACCCCUCCAUUGGUAUCUACGGCAUGGACUUCUACGUCUGCAUGACCCGCAAGGGUGAGCGCGUCGGCACCCGCCGCCGCUGCAAGGGCCGCAUCGGCUCCAACCACCGCAUCAAGCGCGAGGAGACCGUCAAGUGGUUCAAGCAGCGCUUCGAUGGCAUUGUCCGAUAA